AUGGCAACUGUACAAGAACGGCAUCCGGAGCUCUUCCGCCCCGUGAGCACCGAAUCCCCACGUGGGAAGAAGAGAACGGUGCCUUUGGAGGUCUUAUGCCUGGGCUUCCCUCGGACAGGGACAAUGUCCAUGUGCGCUGCGCUGGAAAAGCUCGGCAUUACCUGUUGGCAUUCCACUAGCUUUCUCUCGACCAACUUCGCAGACAUUGAGAUGUGGCAGGAAGCCGUUGACCGUAAAUUCUUCGGCGCCCAGCCCAACGGCAAUACGAAACCAGUCGGCCGUGAGGAAUUCGACCAGCUCCUGCACUCCUUCGGCGCUGUAUCGUCAGACACCCCUGCCGUAGCCUUCGCCGAAGAGUUGAUUGCCGCGUAUCCUGAAGCUAAAGUGGUCCUUGUUGAGAGAGACACGGAGAGCUGGUAUAAGAGCUUCAUGGAGGGCAUUAUUGUCAGAAUGUAUGCUCCGUGGACUACCGUUGUGUACAACGUUGAUCAUUUCUACUGCCGCCCAAUAGGCAAGAUUCACAAGUCGGUUCUGGGGGGUUGGCUAGACAUCUGGAAUACUAAGGAUGCAGAGCUGAAGCUAAGGGAUAGUUACCGUCAGCAUUAUGAUUUGGUGAGAAGGGUAACGCCCAAGGAGAGGUUGCUGGAGUUCAACUUGGCAGAUGGGUGGGAGCCCUUGUGCGAGUUUCUUGGAAAGCCGGUUCCUGACGUUCCCUUCCCGCAUCUAAACGAGAAGCGCUGUCUGGAGGAGAAAAUUGGUCUGAUUAUAUCUCAUGGUUUGAAGGCGUUGGGAUGGAGGGUGGCAACUUAUGGCGGUCCCCUUGUGGUGGCUGGUGUUGCGCUGUGGAUGUAUAUGUGA